UAAUUAAAAACAAUAAAUCAUAUUUUACAAGUAGUUUCCAUUUAAGCCUCUGCAGCAUCUCCUCUCUCUUCUCCCGCCAUCAUCUCCGCCGCGGGCCGCCGUCGCCACCUUCUUAUUUUCAAGAACUCGACGGAGGCGGUCCGCCGUCGGUUAUGGCGGACAUCGUGAAACAGAUCAUUGCAAGACCGAUUCAAUUGGCGGAUCAAAUUAUUAAAGAGACAGAUUUUGCUUGCUCGUAUAAACAAGAUUGUGCGGAUAUAAAAAGUAAAACAGAAAAACUCACCACGCUCCUCCGGCAGGCGGCGCGUUCAAGUAAUGAGCUUUAUGAACGACCCACGCGCCGGAUUAUUGAUGACACCGAACAAGUGUUGGAUAGGACAUUGCAACUUGUGAUCAAAUGUAGGGCUAAUGGGUUAAGCCGGUUGUAUACAUUUAUACCUAAAGGAAGUGUUAAGAAACAAUCGAAUCAGAUCGAAAAUUCGGUCGGUGACGUGUCGUGGCUGCUUCGGGUUUCGACUCCGGCGAAUGAGCGCGACGACGAGUAUGUCGGGUUACCGCCCAUUGCCGCAAACGAGCCGAUUUUGUGCUUGGUAUGGGAGCAAAUCGCCAUACUUUGUUGCGGCACGGUUGAGGAUCGGGCGGAUGCCGCGGCGUCACUUGUCUCGUUGGCGCGAGACAAUGACCGGUACGGACGGUUAAUUAUUGAAGAGGGUGGGGUCCCGCCUCUUUUGAAGUUAGCGAAAGAGGGGCGGAUGGAAGGGCAAGAGAGCGCGAUUCGAGCAAUUGGUUUGCUCGGUCGCGACGCGGAGAGCGUUGAACAGAUUGUCAACGCGGGGGUUUGCCCCGUGUUUUCGAAGAUUUUGAAAGAAGGGCAUAUGAAGGUUCAGAUCGUGGUGGCAUGGGCCGUGUCGGAGUUAGCCGCGAACUACCCGCCGUGCAAAGAAGGGUUCUUGCAAUGCAAUACCAUAAGGUUGCUUGUGAGUCAUUUGGCAUAUGAGACUAUUGAAGAGCAUAGCAAGUACACCAUUAAAAGUUCUAAAAACAAAAUGGAAUCGCUUCACGCGGUUUAUAUGGCGAAAUCCGAUCACGGUGCUAAAAACAGCCACAACAAUGAUGAUACGAGCCAUGUUGCACGUCCGGGUGAUAUAGACACACGUCCGAGUGAUCUAGAGACACGUCCGGGUGAUCUAGACACGGUCGGUUUGCACCAUGUCGUGACCAUGAACUCCCCAAGCCAUUCUCAACAACGACGAGAAAAGAGUAGAAGGCGUGUUGCAUUGGCCGGGGGGAGCAUUAAAGGGAGGGAAUUCGAAGAUCCGGCUACAAAAACCGAAAUGAAGGCCAUGGCGGCUCGUGCCCUAUGGCACCUAUGUGCCGAUCACUUUCCAAUUUGUAAAACCAUAACCGAAUCACGAGCACUUCUUUGUUUCACGGUACUAUUGGAGAAAGGCGAAGAUGAAGUGAAAUACAAUUCAGCAAUGGCGCUUAUGGAAAUUACUGCGGUGGCUGAAAGUCAUACUGACCUAAGACGUUCAGCCUUUAAGCCCACGUCCCCAACCUCUCGCGAGGUUGUGGACAAAUUGCUUAAAAUUAUCAACAAAGGAGAGUCUGAUCUCCUUAUUCCAAGCAUCCAAUCAAUUGGAAACUUGGCUAGAACAUUUCGAGCAACGGAAACCAGGAUCAUUCCUCCCUUGGUGAGGCUCCUUGACGAGAGGGAGAACGAGGUGUCAGCACAGGCGGCCAUUGCAUUGAUCAAGUUUGCGUGCACAGAUAACUACCUGCACGUGAACCAUUGCAAGGCGAUAUUAGAGGCGAAAGCGCCUAAAUACUUGAUUCAACUAACUUAUUUCGGGGAACAAAUGGCUCAGAUACCGGCGUUGAUCCUCCUUUGCUAUAUCGCACUACACGUGCCGGAUAGUGAAACAUUGGCUCAAGAAGACGUGCAUAUUGUGCUUCAGUGGGCUUUGAAACAAGGUCAUUUGAUGCAAGAUUCACAGCUAGAAACACUUGUGUUGGAAGCUAAACAAAGAUUAGAGAUCUAUCAAGAUCAAUCUCGAGCUUAACUUUCUAUUAAUAUAUUUGGUUUGGGCUUUCUCUUGUUCCUUCUUUUUAAACCGUACAUAUAGUUAGGUAUCGUUACAUAAUCUUUUAUCA